ACCUCUAACGGCAGUUAAUUUGUGUGGUGAUUGUCUACGUUGUAAUAUCGUCUUGAUACCGUUUUUGUUCAACUUAUCCCCCGGUAACCAGUUAAACUUGAAACAGCCAAAAAAUGUCGAUCGUUCCGAUUUUCUUCCGUAACUGGUGGGAGGACGAAUGGGACCGACCGCUGCGAACCUCGCGUAUCCUGGAUCAGCAUUUCGGCGGCGGUAUUAGCGGAGACGAUCUUCUGGGUGCAUUGGCCGGCAUCACAGAUUCGCGCCAUCGUCGGCAGCUUUCCCAUCAUUAUCCUACGGGACGUUACAUUCGCCCGUGGCACAGCUCGUGCGUGGCCAACAAGCAGGAUAUCGGCUCGGCGGUGAACAUCACCAACGAUAAAUUCCAAAUCAAUCUGGACGUGCAGCAUUUCGCUCCGGAGGAGAUCUCGGUAAAGUACGUCGACAAAUCCAUCAUCGUGGAGGGAAAGCACGAGGAGAAACAGGACGACCACGGAUACAUUUCGCGCCAUUUUGUACGCCGCUACAUGUUGCCGGCCGGCCACAACGAGAGCGAUAUCGCUUCGUCACUCUCAUCGGAUGGCAUCCUGACCAUCACUUGUCCGAGGAAAGCGAUCGAACAGAAGCCGGAAAGAAACAUUCCCAUCACGCAUACGGAGCCAAAGAAAAUGGCUAUCGAUUCGCAGGCGAACGGUUCCCAAGGCCAGCGCUUGAAAGGCAAAUGAACUCAGCAAAGCAUUUUUACGUCAACCGAUAAGACUGUUUCGUGCA